GUGUGCUUGUGUGUGGGUUGGGAAGUGAUAAAUAAUCCUGCUUCUCCUCCUCUGAGUUCAGAACCAGUUGAGGAAAUAAGCAAAGGUGCCAGACAGGCUCUUGCUGGGUGGCCACCAGCAGGCUUGGGGACAGAGCAGCCCAUGUACAGGAGCCCUGGCAAGCCCGGCCCUUCCUGAAAGGUUCUCUCUCUCUCCAUUCCACCCUGGCCCGUUGAUCCCGAUGCAACAAAUAUCUGAAUGUGGCUCUUCUGCCCAAGGUCAGCCCUGGGUAGUGGGUGGAGGGUAACAUUGCGGUCUGCUGGGUGCCUGAGGGUGUCCGCCAAAGUGGCCAAAAUUAGAGGUGAUGAUAGUCCUGUACCUCAUGUGGGCUUUCCCGCUAGCAGGUGUCUUGAUCCUGGGCAAGUCGGGUUUCCUGGCCUCUCCGUCUCAGAGCUUCAACCCACUCCCCAGGAGGUCCGACCUCUCUUGGUAUCCAGUAUGUCCACGUGCGUCUUAGCCAGAAUUACCACGUAGGAGUCUGUGACUCACCAGUUUUUAUCCGUUGACUGUGCCCACGAAGUGUCAAUUCAAUAGUGUCAUUAGGCACAGCCGGAGGUGCAAGUUGAGAGGGAGCGGCUCUGAGGCUUACUGGACAGGUUACCUCCGCCAUCCAAUUCCAACUCAACUGCCAGUCUGACUAAUAAGUCGCUGUCUUGGGACAUCCAAUCACGAGGAAGCUCCGUAAUCAGGCAGCCAAUCCACACGUAGGACUACAGCGUCCAGAAGUCAUUGCGGUUGACCUCAGUUUUACGACUAUCUGCGCUGGCCUGAGGUUGAGUUUAGGGGGUUACUCUUGAGCAUGCGCAGAGAACCUGCAGGCGCGUGGUGGUGGCUCUGGCUCGAUCUCGCGCUUUGUCUACCUUAGCUUUAAGUUUUCUCGCUGGUUUCGGGAAUGCGCCUGGCACCCUCAAAGAAGGGAGACAUUCCGGCUCUGGAAGCAUGGGUCUGAAGGGAGACAGUGCUUGGGCCGGGAACGUGCAGUCUGAAGCAGGAGACCGCUCUAUCCCGGAGGAACUUUCUUUGAGGGAUAGGCCAGGACCCCCUUCCUGAGGUGGGAAGCAAGGUUCUUUCCAACAGAGAGCUCCUGAAGAAGAUGACCCAAGACCUGCCUUUGCUGGCUGUGCAGGAGGCCCUGAGGAAGUGCUUCCCCGUGGUGGAGGAGCAGCAGGGCCUGUGGCAGAGCACUCUGCGGGCCUGCCAGCCCCUCCUGGCCUCCCUCAGCAACCUGGCAGAGCAGCUGCAGGCAGCACAGAAUCUGCGGUUUGAGGACGUGCCGUCACUGCGGGCCUUCCCCGACUUGCAGGAGCGGCUGAGGCGCAAGCAGCUGGCAGCUGGUGACACUGUCCUGGACAAGCUGGGGGAGAGGCUAGCCACCCUCCUCAAGGUACGUGACACAGUCAGCAGCCAUGUGGAGCAAGUGUUUCAGAUCUAUGAGCAACACGCAGCCAUGGCUGGCAUUGAUGCUGUCUUGGAGCCUUCAGUUCUGAGCCCUUCUGUGGCUGACAUGUUGGAAUGGUUGCAAGAUAUUGAGAGACAUUAUCGAAAUUCGUACCUGAAGAGAAAGUAUCUCCUCUCCUCAAUCCAUUGGGGAGACUUGGCAAACAUCCAAGCUUUGCCCAAGGCCUGGAACCAUAUAUCAGAAGAUGAACACCAAGACAUUGUACAAGAUAUCCUAUUGAAUGUUUCCUUCUUCCUGGAAGAGUAAGAAAGCUGUGUGUUUAUCUGGAGACCAGGGUCACCACAGUUGAAGACUGACAUUGCUGCACUCUGACAUUCUAAAGAAAUGUCAGUAUUGCAGCCUGACAUAUUUGAAAUAUCAAUGCCUAAGAAUGGGGUCUUGGGGAGCAUUGGUGCUAGAUGUCUCUGAUGUUAGAGCUUCUCCAUGCCAUGUCAUGGCCGAGAAUACAUGGGCCACCCCUUGCCCUUCUCUGAGGCUCAGGGAAGAGGAUGGAGGCAGACAGAAAGCAGGAAAGGCAGUACUGAAGAACACAAUGUCUUUGUGUCCAUCAUAGGACCCAAAGUGGUAGGUAAGGAAAGGACAGGAGAUAAAGAGUGGCACUGCCCUUGGCAUUAUCCAAAGCACUGAAUCUGGUUGACAUUUAUGUAUUUGUCAAUACCUGACUCCUUGAUGAAAGAGAUAGUAGUUUUGAUGAUUUAAAGAAAUAAGGGUGAUGUUGAUGGAAAACAUUUAAAAUUUUUGGACCAAUUGCAAUAGCUCAUCAUCAAGCCAGUUUCAGUUUCAGAGCCUGCCACCAGGGGGAGGUGGUGCUGCAUGAGUAAUUCUGAAUUCUUUGUCUUUGAAGAGUGUUUCCUUAUUGCUAUUACCAUCUGAGAGAAAGUAACUGGGGAUAGUGAGACUCCCAAAAUCACAGGGUUUUUUUUGGCCAAAGCUGGCAUCUGUCUGACUUGCCACGUUCCUCUGAGUUUGGAGUAACUGCACAGAUGGGAGAACACCAGCCCAGAGUCAGGCGAUCAGGGUUACAUGUCUGAGGUUCAUCUGUGCAAUGGUUGUGUUACUUGCAGAACUUUUGGCUUCCUGGGUUGUAGAAAUCUUGGUAAUUGGAUCUAAAGGGGCUUAAUAAAGAGAAUAGAUGUUUUUCAAGAUGAAA